AUGGGCGAUGCGGGCGAUGUGAAUCAGAUGCUCUUGGCAGCGUCCACCGCCUCAGCAGAAGGUGUGAAGGCUAGCGAGCGGUGGUUGCUGGGGGCCAAGAAGCGUGGAGACAGCGCGGCAUCCAAAACGACACGUAAAAAGGCAAGGACGGAGGUGCACACGCACACUGAGACGGACGUGGGUGACAAGCCAGCAGAAAACAACGGUGGAGGUAGCGGGGCUCGUGAGGGCAAUAAAGAAAUAAGUGCAGGUCAUGACAUCUCUGCGCCGGAGGCGCUUGUACAUCGGCUGAUAACAUACGUCUUUGAGAAGUGCCUAGGCGGCCGUCACAACGCUUCUCGUGGCGACGAAGCGGAUUUUGAACCACCACCGCGUGCCGCUCUUUUUGCAGAGAGCUCUGCCAUGCGCCCGGCGGCGGCAUUUGCGAUUCAUCAUGCGGUGUACGGUGGAAGCAGCAUGACGCAGAGUGAAAGGGUGGCGGAGGCAAUUCUGCAACACCGGAGGAGGUUGCACGUAUGCAGCUACGAUAGAGAUCUUGUCGGUGGAUUUAUUGAUGGUAAACCGUUCCACACGAGGCGGCACCUACUCUCGUUGGUAACUAAAGGGCUUAGAGGCGAAAGCAUGACUAAACCGCCGCAGAUCUGCAGGGGUGCUGAGGCGAAAGAGGAAAAGAAGCAGGAGGCAGUUGUGUUGUUUGGUGAUGCAAAAGGUAAGAGUCUCAGCAGUUUUCUGCAGGAUUCAUCUUCCUCUUCGUCUGACGGCGAGGAGGAUAGUUGA